AUGUCGGAUCAGAAAUAUGUAGUAGUUGGUGCCGGUCCUGUCGGGUCGCUCGCUGCGCUGUAUGCGGCGAAGAGAGGUCACGACGUUGAAAUAUACGAGCUUCGAGGCGAUUUAAGAGAUCCUUCAACAACACCACUGAACUUUACGAGGUCUAUUAAUCUAGCUCUAUCCGAAAGGGGUAUUAAUGCUAUGCGACAUGCCGACCAGCAAGACCUCAUCGAUCAUGUGUCAUCAGCAACUAUUCCUAUGCGGGGCAGAAUGAUACAUGGUAGGCGUCCGUCUGGUGAAAUAUUUGAAGAAUCUCAGGAUUAUGAUAUCCACGGAAGGACAAUAUUUGCCGCUGACAGAGCCGAUCUCAAUAGACGACUACUGGAUAUUCUCGGUGCAAUGCCGAAUGUGAAAUUUUUCUUCAAUCAUAAACUCACCGGCGCGGAUUUCAAGCGACGCAAAGCAUGGUUCGAGGUUCGCGGCCAGGACUCGCCGUCGGGUCGACCUGAAGAGAUCGAAGUUUCAUUCGACUUCAUGAUGGGUGCUGACGGAGCGCAUUCGGCUGUCCGAUAUCAUCUUAUGAAGUUCACGCGAAUGAAUUACCAGCAGGAGUAUGUCGAUACCCUAUGGUGUGAGUUUCAGAUCAAGCCUAAGGAGGGAGAUGAACUUCACGAUCAAAAAUCGAAAUUCCGAAUAUCACCAAAUCAUCUUCAUAUUUGGCCGGGAAAGCAAUUUAUGUUCAUCGCCAUACCUAGCGAAGAUGGAUCUUUUACUUGUACUCUCUUCUUACCAAGCUCUGAGUUCGCGAAAUUGGAGAGUGACUCGUCCAAACUACCCGCGUUCUUCGAUCAACAUUUCCCAGGAGUAACUUCAUUAAUAGAACCAGGUGAAUUGGCCUCUUCAUUCAAGACGAACCCGCAUCUCCCUUUGAUCAGUAUUAAGUGCCAACCUUAUCACUACUCUGGCUCUGCUGUUAUCUUAGGGGACGCAGCACACGCGAUGGUACCAUUCUAUGGUCAAGGUAUGAAUGCGGGGCUCGAGGAUGUCCGCAUCCUCUUUUCUAUUCUAGAUAAGCACGCCACGGCCGAGAACAAUAACCCAGACAGCCCGGGUUCGGUUGACGUAGCCUUUCAAAGAGGAUUGGCCUUAGCAGAAUAUUCAGCCAUUCGCGUUGCUGAUGCCCACGCUAUCAAUGACCUAGCUUUGCAGAAUUACGUCGAGAUGCGUGCCUCAGUCCUAAGCCUGACUUAUCGUAUUCGUAAGUUCCUAGAGGAGUUCAUGUCUGUCCAUCUGCCAAGUCUAGGAUGGCAGACGAAAUAUUCUCGCGUGAGCUUCGGAAACGAAAGGUAUUCUGAGGUUGUCGCGAAGAGUAACCACCAAGGGAAAGUCCUUAUGCGCGGAUUUAUUGCGAUACUAUGCAGUCCCAUUGUCGCAGGCGUUCUCGGCCUAUAUUGGACCCGACGUCGUUCUCUUGGCGGCGUCUCUCUUCUUGAUACGAUCCGUAACCUAAGAAGAUAA